AUGCCACCGGCAAUCACAUACAAUGGAGUCGAAAGUGCCGAGGGCGGUACCAUCUUCAAGGACCUCAAGUUUUGGCUGUCACGUCGAGUACCGAGCAGAAAAUAUUGGACAGAACUCAUCACGCAAAACGGCGGCAAGGUCGUGAUGCUGGAAAAACAUGCUGAUAUGCUUAUUGCGGACCAUCUCAUAAAACGAGAUGCCCCCCCUGGCUCUUAUUCAUGGAAGUUUAUUAAGGACUCGGUGGAAAACGGGUAUAUCCAAAUCAAGGAUAAAUACCUCAUAGGACGCCAUCCAGACGAGCCAAGGCCGGUGGGCAGCAAUCAAGCCAAAAAGUCAACGCGAACACCGUUUACUGCUGAGGACGACGCGAAACUUACUAGGUGGGCACUAAACCAUCCAACCCAACACAAAGGAAAUCAGAUAUGGUACGAAUAUGAAAAAAUUAAUCCUCGACACACUGCACAAUCUUGGCGUGAUCACUGGAUCAAAAAACUGCAGCCCCUGGAUAGGAAAAAGUUGGAGAGUAUGGCAGCCUCUGCGCCUCCAGAAGCCGGCCCUGUUGUGAGCACCACAGAAAAGACUACGGCAGACCACGCUACGAGUGCUAGAAUCCCACAGAAGGCUGCUGUUCAAAGGGCCCCUGAACAACGCAUGAACAGCCAAGUAGACACCGGCCCCAUUCGCAGAGCACCACAACCUCAACCUCCGACAGUGCCAUCGCAAGGCCCGAGAGAAGCCAACAAACCUCGGAAAUCAAUAGAAGACCGCCAAGAACAAGAACAAGAAGAGGAAGAGGAAGAGGAAGAGGAAGAGGAAGAGGAAGAGGAAGAGGAAGAGGAAGAGGAAGAGGAAGAGGAAGAGGAAGAGGAAGAGGAAGAGGAAGAGGAAGAGGAAGAGGAAGAGGAAGAGGAAGAGGAAGCUCUCGCUCUUCUGAGGUACAACUGGUACCAAGAUCUUGAUGAGUAUAUCAAAGUUACCGAGAAAGACAUCAAGAGAAGUCUUAACAUCAAUGGAAAGAAGAUCGAGUUGUUUGAUCUUAUGCUAGCUACCCGAGAUGCGCCAGUAUCACAGGACAGUCAAGUAACCGACUGGUGCAGAGUCGCAGAAAACCUUGGCUUCGUUGAACCAGAUCAGCACACCGUCAAUGAGUUGCAUCUCUGCUAUGAAGAGAACCUCGUGGACUUCCUCGACACAAUGGAGAGCUUUGAAGUCAACAGUGAGGAACAGAACCCCGAGUCACAGGAUCAAGCUCCUGACAUAGACCCUGGUCAGGACAUCGACUUCGAGGACGGUCAACAGCGCGGUUUACUGCAAAGCCAAGUACCGUCCUCACCCCCAGUCGCCGCGUCAGGUUUGAAACGAACCGCUGGUGAGCCUCCCUUCGCCUCACCGGAGCGCUUUAAGAAAAGACGCUACAGUAAGGACAUAGAGAUACCAUCUACACCGGACGCCGAAGAAGCCCCCAAACUACAGCGUGCCCAAGAAACAUCUCCUGGUGCACUAGGAACCUCUCAGUGGCUAGGUUAUAUUGGUGAAAGCGAAGCUUCGCAACACCUUCCACCCCUUCCCCCGAUGCAAGAUGAAUCACAAGACCUCGGCACGCGGCCAGCAUUCAGGCAGGAUACCCGUCACCAAUCUAUGGAUGUUUCACUGCCAAAUGAUGCGGCUUUGGAUACUACACCAAUACCGUUGCGUCUGAAUAAACAUCGCCAGCAGAAAUCCUCUCGUGAGAGACAGCGAGAAUCACAUGCACAGCCCACGAGGCGACGUCAUGACAGCAGCUUUACAGAACAAAUCGCUCCCAGACGAGCUGUUUCCUCUGCGAAACCGAACCCACAACCAAGCAGCCGAACAGCUCGACGGUCUCUUCCGGCCUCUUUCACCUCUUCCCGAGCUAUUCCCGAUACAAGCCAGCCUCAGAGUUCAGAGAAAUCUAACUCUCGAGAAAUUCAGAACUGGAUCAAUCGCUACGAAGCAAUGGGCUACCCCCGCCAAUUUGUCGUGGAAGCCCUCAAACGUACCACCCUUACACCUGGAAAAUUGGCCCUUCUAGUCAUGAAGCAUCUCAGUGAAGGACGCGAUGUGCCUUCUCGCCAUGAGGGUAUCUGGACAGACCGUGACGAUGCGGACUUGGACUUUGCUUCGAGCGUAGACUUCAGCCGUCCUCCCGCUGACGACAGCGAAGACCGUCAACAGCAGCGCGCUCAGGAAGCUCACAACCGGCUUGUUAAUAAACAUGGCUAUCAGAGGUUUAACAUGAGAAAGGCUUUUCUCGAGGCCCAAGCAAAAGAAGGUGGCAGCCAGCUUGAAGGAUAG